AUGAGUCCCCGACGGAACAGUGAGGACAUCGAACGAAUCGAGCGUGGGCUUCGCGAGACUCUGAAAGAGCAAGCGCGAAACCUGCAAUCUUCGCUCGCCGCUUUGGCCGAAAAGAUCGACGAGGUCAAGAAUGACCACGACAAACUCGAGACAGAGAACCGGUUCCUCCAGGAUUACAUCGGCGGCUUGACAAGAACGAUGUCGAGAGACAACCUCGGCCGAAGUGCAAGCACCAGCAGCAAGCAGAAAGGCAAACGAUGA